GAUUUUUGACCGCGCUGUGAUGCAGACAUCGCUGGAAACUGAAUCCAAAAGCGUCUAGCGGCUGGUUAGACGUCUCAACAUCAUAACAGUUGUCUAUCACUAUUGGUGAAGCUGUGUAAAGUGUUUGUAAUUCUCUACAGAUUUUGAUAAUAAUUAACCGCUCGGUGAGGAGUGAAGUGUGCUCUUUUCCAUCCCUAGGCGAUAGUGUUGCUGCUGCUAAUCGUUAUUGUGUGUUGGAACAGAGAUAGUGGUUAACGGCAGAUUCGGGUCCAGUACAUGGGAAUAGCCGAUUACUAGCGGUGAAUCAACAUCGAAACAAAGAUUUCCGAGGAGUCAUAGAGUCUUUUGAUAGAAUUCGGUAUUUCAUGAGAUAGACAACGACCAGCUGAGGGACGUAUUCGAGUUCGGAUCAAUCUGAGGUUAAACCUUAGCCUGGAUGAAUAAGUGAUUGUUGGAAGUGAAGUGAAUCCUCUUGGGAUAGGGGAACUCCCCUUCCCCAAACAGCUCCAUACGAAUAUACGUAGAACAAGGAAUCCGUAAUCACUGCACAAAACAUAAUAUAAGAAAGUGAAUGAAGUGCAACUAAUCAAGGAACGGAGUACGAAGAAUCUUAUCUCAAAAUAUUCAAGUGGUCAAUACAGUGUGAGUGAUCCUUAGAGACGCAGUAGCAAUGGCAACGCUACUGUACACGAUCAUUGGCAUGACGGCCAGUGCGUCGUUGAACUGCGCCGUCCGACGGGAGAUAUCGCCCUGUACCUGUUCGCCGCACGGCUUUUUCGCCAAUACCAUCGAAGUCAAGUGCGAACAGAUGGAGUCCUUCCACCAGGUAGUGGACGCCCUGCAGGACCGCUUCACGCCCGAUUACAACAUCUGGCUGACCAUAUCGCACUCGCAGCUUCUGGACAUGGCUACGCAAUCUUUCUACGAGAUGAACAUGAACAUCAAAACGCUCAAGAUGAACUUUGAUAAUUUGAGUCAACUGCCGGUAUCAACGUUUCAGAAUCUAGCAAGGUUAGAGUAUUUUAGUGCGGCGGAGAACCGUCUCGAGGAGAUACCAGCGGACAUGUUCCAGCAUAUGCCGAAUGUUGGGACCUUGGAUUUCGCCAAAGGGAAUCUGAGGUUCAUCAACGGGGAUACGUUCAAGCAGUUGCAAAAUUUGAGACAUUUAAUAGUGGCGUCCAAUGCGCUGCAGCGGAUUGACACCGACUCUUUGCCUCGGACGUUGAUCUCGCUUCAUUACGGACAUAAUAAUCUAACGGCAUUAAACGGCACCCUGCGACAUUUAGAUGAGCUGAAGUUACUGUUCAUCAACGACAAUCACCUGUCUUCAUUGGACGACGAAUUCCCACUGGCAUCUCCUAAUCUGAUUACGAUAUUUGCGCAGAACAACAAGAUCGAUCAUUUGCCGGUUGAGAUCAAGUACCUUAAAAAUUUAGACUCACUAUUCAUCAAUAGCAAUCAAUUGCAAUCUUUCGAUGGUCUUCUAUCGCGAUCGGCCCAUCUGACAAAGCUGGUCGCUGUUGACAACAAGAUUACUCAUCUGAGAAAGGAUGAAUUCUCUGAGGCAGAGCGAUUGGAAGACCUCCAAUUGUCCGAAAACAGGCUGACCAGUCUGAAUGGAUCUUUGCUGAAUAUGAAAGGCUUAAUUAUGGCUAACUUUAGCUUCAAUAGGCUGAACGAAUUUUCUCUUCAAGAAGUGCAAGGACUCCGAAAGCUGAGGAUAUUAGAUCUGUCCUACAACCGGAUAGAGAAGCUCACCGGACGAAUGGAAAACCUCGUCGACUCAGGGUCGAUUAUUUACGAAUUGAGGCUGCAGCACAACCUGAUCAAGUCUCUGGACGGCACUUUGAUGGGACUUAACAAUUUGAAAAUCCUCAAUGUGGCGCACAAUAUGCUGGAAGUUAUUACACCCGAUGAUUUGAUUGGCAUGGAGAAUCUGGAACAAUUGGAUCUGUCUUUUAACAAAUUGAAGACACUGGAGGAACUGUCCAAGACCUUCCUUCCAUCGUUGCAAUCUGUAAAUGCCUCUUUCAAUCUAUUGACCACCAUGGACAAAGACUUCCAUGGAUUACCUGUCCUUUGCACGGCCGAUCUAUCCAACAACAUGAUUCGGGCUCUCUCAGUUGAGUUGGUUUCACAGACAAGAUGCAGCAAUCACGGUGUGCCUAACAAGCUGGAAAUUUUCUUGCAAGAAAAUCCUGUCCUCUGUGAUGAAUCUCUACCGGAGUUAGUCUCUCAGAUGGAGUCAUACCACACCCGGUUGAUUGGAAUUGCUCACUGCAUCGUUCCCCAACAAAUCCCCAUCGAUUCCCCUAUCUUUAUGCAACCACCAAUCCCGUUGCUCAAGCCGUUGAUGAAACCCCAGAUGCCCAUGGUCCCAGCACCGGUCAUGAUUCAGCAGCCUUCGAUCGUUCAAAUUCUCGUUCCGGCCCCAUUAGUUGUCCAGCCCCCAGCGUUUGCUGAAGCUGUAGCUGGUCUUGUUCAACCCGUCCCAUCGGUACAAGGCAUCUCAGAUCUACAGCAGCCUCCGGUGGCAUCUGCACCGCAGAUAUCACACAUCCCCCAGCAGCAACCCUACGACGAGCUGAAGUAUGAUGCUCAACCGGAAACAGUUGACGAGUCGGAGACCUACGCUCCGCCCUCGGAAGAAAACGAUAUUGCAAAGAUUAUCUCGCCCAUAACUACGACUAUGAAAACGAUUCUCGAAUUCAAGAACAUUAUUCACGACACGUACUCGGCGAUACCACCGGAGGUUUAUCCUCUUCCGCUAGACAAAGCGCAAAGUCUUGCAACGGAACCGGAGGAACCGCCGGAAACGCAGCAAGAUCAAGCGGUAGAUGUAGGCGAACACUGAACAUUGCGAGAAUAGGUUAUUUUUUCCUUCUAGGUAUUAGGGCAGGCUUGCUCAAGUUUUGAUCACAAAUGCAAGCAAGCUAGAGACAAUUCCACAAGCUUUCAACACUAUUGACAAGUAGGAAAGUUAUAAAAAAAUCAAUGCAAAUCAAAUACAUAACCAUUUGAUUGAACAAUGAUUGAUAUGGCAUUGUAGAGUAAAGUUCAUAAGCUGUGUCACUUAAAGUAAUACAAAAUCUGCAUCGUAUCAUGGCUCUAGCACUGAUUAAGUGAUAUCUGUUUGUUGUCUGUCUGAUUUUGAGGGCUAGGGUAGGUUCAGCAACGUAUUUCUUUCCCGUUCUGGGUGUAAAAUUGGAUGCCCACCAAGUUUUAGUGAUGAAAGGGCCUGAUCUUCGUUAGUACAGCCGAAUGAUCGUAGCUAGUUAUAGUUGUUAUCCCUCUGAGCAAAUCACCAAUGUUUAGAGUAAAUGUCAGACGUAGUAAUCACUCCAGAUUUCUCAUACUGUGUAAUGUGUUUAAAGUACAUUCAACACAUGACAUGGAACUUGUUUUAGAAAUUUUAGGGACAAUUCUUGUUAACUGGAGAAACUUAGCAUAAGAUUAAUAUCAAUCAUCAUAUACAUCAAAUAUAUGUGCCAUUUGAAUUGUAUAGUUCCAACUGUGACCGUCUUUCUAUCAAUAUUAUCUUACAUUCACCCGAGUUUAAUAACGAUACUAUCAAACAAUAUUUAUUCACAACUAACCUUUAUGAGGGAUGCAGAAUGUUUUGAAGUUCUGUAAGAAGUGCCCUAUCGCAUGCUAGUUAAUAUUCUAAAAGGAUAAACUCAACAACAACACAUAAUAACAUUUCAACUCCCCCCAUUUUCUCUGAACAAAUAUUUGGAACACAAGAUAAAACUUAGUUAUAAGAAAAGUAUUUUAUUAACAACGUUGUAUGUAGAGUUCGAGCAAAGAUUACAAUGUUCAAACGAAGGAAGGACAAAAUAUGAAUAAUGAAAAAAGAUUCAUUACGAUUGAUAUAAAGUUUGUAAAAUAUGAGUAAUAACCGAUUGGAUGAAUAAAAUCAGCAGUACAACUUUUCGCAUUAUAGAAAACGUAUGGAAUAUGCAUAGUGGC